AUGAAAGGAUCUUAUGGAAGCCUGAAAAGUUCGGGAACCUCACGAAACUCACCCUCGCCACGAGACACGUCUGGACCCCGGAAUUGUUUUAUUACAACAACUGCACGUGAUUUCUCUAGAGGUUUUGUGGAUACGAAUCUUCAUGCCAAUUACUAUGGAGAGUGGAUCUAUGACACGUCUCAGCUGGACCUCAUGAUUUUGGAACGAUAUGAUGGGAAAUCGCCUUUUACCAGAGACUCCUUUACUGAAAAUGGCGAAAUGGGAAAUUUGUUGAACAAAUAUGCAACGGUUGUUUUCGAACUCCACCUUCGUCGCAGAACUCUGUUCUUCAUGUACAACAUUGUGGCACCAUGUGUCAUGCUUUCAAUCCUCACGAUGAUGCAGUUUCUUCUGCCUUGUGAAAGUGGCGAGAAAGUCACCCUUGGUCUAACAGUACUGCUCGCAUAUUCCGUGUUCAGCUUCAACAUAGCAGAGAGCAUGCCUGAAACGUCGGAAGUGAUCCCACUGAUCGCUAUCUACCUAAUGGCAAUUUAUGGGUAUAUCAGCGCUGUCGGUGAGCUUCUCGGUAUAAUCGGCUUCUCCAUACUUGCCCCAGUGUUCGGCGGCACACCAUCCAGAAGUAGAUCGAAAAGUAUAAGUGCUCAAAACAAAUGUUCGGUCCGAUCGGAUAGCUCGAACUGUGACGAUCUCGUUAGCAAAGACCUUGUGGCCGAACAGAGUGUUGAACGGCUUGUUGCUCGUUGGUCGCAACUGGCUAACAUUUUCGAUCGUCUAUUCUUCACCGUCGUCCUGACUCUGAACGGCGGCUCUACGCUGUUCCUUUUGAUCGUUGCACCUAGCUUUGACACUCCCACCCUCUAUAAUAGAGUGUGGGAGUUGUAA